GACGAUCUUCUUCUUCUCAAGGCCCACCCCCUUCUGGAGCUGCAUUUGUCAGAUGGUUCCCACAACAAGGCCCCUGGACCAACUUAAAUACUGAGCCGACCGCAACGAACGAGCAUCAUGGUUCUCCCUCCUCUCCAUCUACCUCUCCUGUAAUUCCAGAGAACGAAACCAUGCCUAACACAACUCAGUCACCUGCCUUCAGUCAAAUUCACUUUAUUAUGGAAAAUCCAGCUGAAAGCGCUUUCCAGUCGUCUCCAAUUCAAUCAUCCCUUCUGUUGACCCCGAAUGGUUCUCCACUCCUCCUCCCAGCCCAUAACCAAGUUUCUACCACCCCCGUUACCACUCCAUCAGGUUCCCUCGCUCCAGGCAUUCCUUCCCUUCAAGAGACCCCAUUCUCGCUAGAUCAAGAGGAAGACCGACCAGACGCUGGACCCGAUGCUGAACCUGACGCUGAUGAUCCUAACAGGGAUUUUAUGAUGCUCGAGGCUACUUCAAACACCAUCCACAGCGACACCAGCCCCAGAUCACCUGAUGAAGCCAAUCCUUCCAACCUCCAUAUUGGCCAAAGUCCCCCCCUCGUCGCUACUGAGCCCAGCACGGAAGCAGAGUCUGAGUCGCGAGUCAUCGAGGACACUGCGAACAUACUCCUCAUGUCUUUUACACCAGACCAACCAUCCAUAAAUCCGUUGUUCCUUCUGCCCCUACCCCGUGCUCUUUCUACCGAACCCAAUGAGACGUACUGGACCGCAGAUGAAGACAAUGCUCCAGAUUCCCCUUCGUUCUGGAAUGACACCGGUCUCUUGUCAGACGCCUCAGCACCCAACCCUGACCCUCUUUACUCGCCUACCUCCACUUCACCAGGAGUCACCUGGGGCGAAGGAUUCACUGACAACUUUGACAACGAUCUUUAUAAUGAAGACUGGUAUAGUUCCAAAGAUGAAUGGGAUGCGGCAGUCAAGGCUUUUUCUCCUGCUCCCUUAGAAGAUGUCGCACCUUGGUGCUACGGGCAAGAUGGUCAGGAUCCAGAAAACUCGGAUGGAGAUGAUGAUACUGACAAAGAGCAGAUGAAUACUGGUACUGUCUAAAUGUUUUGAUCGAAUCUGUAAAGUAGUGAUUCUAUUUUUUCUUAUCUACAGACUCUAUGCUUCUUCCUUUUUACGACCGGCAAGUCGUAAAACUGCAUUCUUUUUCUUCCUUCCCCUCUUCUUCUAUUUCAUCUUCCUCUCCCCCUCCCCCUGCUCCCCUUUCUCAUCACAGUUGUUCUGACCAGCAAGUCAUAAAACUGCAAGAUACCGCCUCUCUUUAUCUAUUCACUUCA